CUCGCCAUUGUCUCCGCCUUUCCAACAGAGGGAGACGAUGGACUGAGACGAUGCACGCCAUGGAGUCCCGAGUGUUACUGAGAACGUUCUGCGUGAUCCUCGGGCUCGGAGCGGUUUGGGGGCUUGGUGUGGACCCGUCCCUACAGAUUGACGUCUUAUCAGAGUUAGAACUUGGGGAGUCCACGGCCGGAGUGCGCCAAGUACCGGGACUGCAUAAUGGGACGAAAGCUUUCCUCUUCCAAGAUUCCCCCAGAAGCAUAAAAGCACCUACUGCUACAGCUGAGCGGCUUCUCCAGAAGCUGAGAAAUAAACAUGAAUUCACAAUUUUGGUGACCCUGAAGCAAAUCCACUUAAAUUCGGGAGUUAUUCUCUCUAUCCACCACUUGGAUCACAGGUACCUAGAACUGGAAAGCAGCGGCCAUCGGAAUGAGAUCAGACUGCAUUACCGUUCCGGCACUCACCGUCCUCACACGGAAGUCUUUCCUUAUAUUUUGGCUGAUGCCAAGUGGCACAAGCUCUCCUUAGCCAUCAGUGCCUCUCAUUUGAUUUUACAUGUCGACUGCAAUAAAAUCUAUGAACGAGUGGUGGAAAUGCCUUCUACAGACUUGCCUCUGGGUACCACAUUUUGGUUGGGACAGAGAAAUAAUGCACAUGGAUAUUUUAAGGGAAUAAUGCAAGAUGUGCAGUUACUUGUCAUGCCCCAGGGGUUUAUUGUGCAGUGCCCGGAUCUUAACCGAACCUGUCCAACAUGCAAUGACUUCCAUGGACUUGUGCAGAAAAUCAUGGAGCUGCAGGAUAUUUUAUCCAAGACCUCAGCCAAGCUGUCUAGAGCUGAACAGCGAAUGAACAGGCUGGACCAGUGCUAUUGUGAGCGGACAUGCACCAUGAAGGGUACCACCUACCGAGAGUUUGAGUCCUGGACAGAUGGCUGUAAGAACUGCACAUGCCUGAACGGGACCAUCCAAUGUGAGACUCUGGUCUGCCCUGCUCCUGACUGCCCUCCUAAAUCGGCUCCUGCAUACGUGGAUGGCCAGUGCUGUAAGGAGUGCAAAUCAAUUUGCCAGUUCCAAGGACGGAGCUACUUUGAGGGAGAACGCAACACGGUCUACUCAUCCUCUGGAAUGUGUGUCCUGUAUGAAUGCAAGGAUCAGACCAUGAAGCUUGUCGAGAACAACGGCUGCCCAGCUUUGGACUGUCCUGAGUCUCAUCAGAUCGCCCUGUCUCACAGCUGCUGCAAAGUCUGUAAAGGCUAUGACUUUUGUUCGGAGAAGCACACCUGCAUGGAGAACUCGGUCUGCAGGAACCUGAAUGACAGGGCUGUGUGCAGCUGCAGGGAUGGCUUCAGGCCUCUUCGGGAGGACAAUGCUUAUUGUGAAGACAUUGACGAGUGUGCUGAAGGGCGCCAUUACUGCCGCGAGAACACCAUGUGUGUGAACACACCUGGUUCUUUUAUGUGCAUCUGUAAAACUGGGUACAUCAGGAUCGACGAUUACUCAUGUACAGAACAUGAUGAGUGUGCCACAAAUCAGCACAACUGUGAUGAAAACGCUUUGUGCUUUAAACACUGUCGGGGGGCACAACAAUGCGUCUGCAAGCCUGGCUACACUGGGAAUGGAACCAUAUGCAAAGCCUUCUGCAAAGACGGCUGUAGAAAUGGAGGAGCCUGCAUUGCUGCCAACGUGUGUGCGUGCCCACAAGGCUUCACUGGACCCAGCUGUGAGACAGACAUCGAUGAGUGCUCUGACGGCUUUGUUCAGUGUGACAGCCGUGCCAACUGCAUUAACCUGCCUGGAUGGUACCACUGUGAGUGCAGAGAUGGCUACCAUGACAAUGGGAUGUUUGCACCAGGUGGAGAAUCGUGUGAAGAUAUUGACGAAUGUGGAACGGGGAGGCACAGCUGUGCCAAUGACACCAUUUGCUUCAACCUGGACGGCGGAUAUGAUUGCCGGUGUCCCCAUGGGAAGAACUGCACAGGGGACUGCGUGCACGAUGGGAAGGUCAAGCACAACGGGCAGAUCUGGGUGCUGGAGAACGACAGGUGCUCCGUGUGCUCCUGCCAGACUGGGUUUGUUAUGUGUCGACGGAUGGUCUGUGACUGUGAGAACCCUACGGUUGACCUUUCCUGCUGUCCCGAGUGUGACCCACGGCUGAGCAGCCAGUGCCUGCAUCAAAAUGGAGAGACCGUGUACAACAGUGGGGACACCUGGGUCCAGGAUUGCCGGCAGUGCCGCUGCUUGCAAGGAGAAGUUGACUGCUGGCCCCUGCCUUGCCCGGAGGUAGAGUGUGAGUUUAGCGUCCUUCCAGAGAGUGAGUGCUGCUCACGCUGUGUCACGGACCCUUGCCAGGCCGACACCGUCCGCAAUGACAUCACCAAAACCUGCCUGGAUGAGAUGAAUGUGGUUCGCUUCACUGGGUCUUCCUGGAUAAAGCACGGCACGGAGUGUACUCUCUGCCAGUGUAAGAACGGCCAUGUCUGCUGCUCAGUGGAUCCACAGUGCCUUCAGGAGCUGUGA